AUAUUAGUGAACAAAACUGAUCAGGUUGGACUUGGAUCUCAGUUGUUUGUGGGGGUCAAUGUCCCACAUUCAGCUUUCAGACUGACAAACAACUGUUCUGAGCUGCAGGAACACACAUUAGGUCGCUGCUGAAACAAUGGAUCAUUUUCUCUCUAAAACGUUGAUGUCACUGCUGGCUGUUUGCGGGCUGUUGGUGACCGUGCAGUCCACAGCGGGACGGUUCGAGCGCAGCAUUAACAGGCCCUUCAGGUCGGUUCUGAAGGUCCAUAACGGGAUGAGAUGGGGGUCGUGGGGGCUGAAGGAUAUGUGUCCGAACGGCAUGUACGCCGCAGGGUUUAGUCUUAAAGUGGCAGGAUUGUGGGAAUCUCUGCUGGUUGGUGAUAAUACAGCACUCAAUGGAAUUCGUCUUCACUGCAUCGACACGUCCACAAGCUCAUCGGGCCCUUAUGAAGACUACGCCAACGUUCAGUCCGACACAGGAAGUUGGGGUAAAUGGACAGAUAUUAAAUGGUGUUCGGGUGGAUUUUUGACAUCUUUUCAGCUAAAAGUUGAACCCUAUCAAGGGGGCUGGGACGACACAGCGGCAAACAAUGUCAGGUUUAACUGCAGUGGAAAUGCAGAAACGCUGAAGGGAUCUGGAAUGUCGUGGGGCGAGUGGGGCGACUGGAGCGAGACGUGUCAAGGAAGAGGAAUCUGUGGCAUCGAGACGAUGGUAGAAGCGCCGCAGGGGGUCGGAGACGACACGGCUCUCAAUGACGUGCGCUUGUUCUGUUGUGAUUAAAGUCCUGUGGUCACAAACGGACUUGCGUUGACUUUUGUGAUGAGUUGACAGUUUAAGAAAGUGAUUCUGUAAGUACUUUUUGUCAUGCAAUAAAAUAAGCAAUACAUAUUCAA